UGAUUCCCGCUUUCGUAUCCCUACCAUACUAAUAGUAUGGAAAGGAUACCAGCGCGGGAUGGAAAAGAAAAACUGAGUUGAUAUUACUGAGUCAUCAGUUGUUGACAACUUAAUUAUCAUCGACUGGAGUUGGCUCGCAGGAAGGUUCGUAUUCCCCCUCGACUUCCCUAUCGAGUACGUGCUAGCGAUCAAGAACGUUAGCAAGGCGGCAAAGCGGAUAUCCAACUUUAUUGCGUGGCUUAUCUACAAUAAUUACUUAAAUUUGGAUCGGAUCCACCUGAUCGGAGGUUCACUUGGAGCACAUCUUGCGGGUCGGGUAGGAACUGAAAUUCAAGAAAUUAUGGGGGGCAGAAAGUUACCACGAAUUACGGGAUUGGAUCCCGCCGGCCCUUUAUUUAAUACACAUUCAGAGCUGAAAAUUGACAAAAGUGACGCCAACUUUGUGGACAUUUAUCACUCAAAUGCCGGCUUGGAAGGUGAUACCACGUUGGAUGGACAUGUGGAUUUUAUGCUAAAUGGCGGACGUCAGCAGCCUGGUUGCAACAUCGUAACAGACUUGGUUUUAGAUUGCAGUCAUAUUUUGAGUCUAUUUUUCUUUCCCGCUACUUUUCAAAAAGCAUACAUCGGAUGUCAAUGUUCGAGUCGUGAGUUGGAUCCGAUCAAUUUUCAGACGUGUUUGGCACACUGCCCGAAUCCAGUUUUUGCAGGAGUAUACGCAUCACACACGACACGCGGCGAGUACCAAGUGAACUUUCCGCAACUAUUGAGUUAAAUAGGAUGAGAAAAUCUUAAGUGUGGUUUACAAAUUUAAUUACGAACGUUUUAUGUAAAUAAGUUAGACGACCCUUUGAAACGAUUUUCGCUGGUGGUUACAUUCUCUUAAUUAAUAAACCCUGCUAACUUAUUGCAGGUAACUUUUCUUCAGCCUACUUCGGAAAUACGCACUCCUUUUCGAGGAAAAAAUAUUUUUUUAACGAGGGGAA